GACACAACAUGACGUUUAAUCUUAAAGAUACAGCUCAUCACUAAUGUGGAGUUAGGGCGGUGAUUUACGCGUGUAGUUGUACAUCGCAGACCGACGCCACACCAGGGUACCCUCCAGGGAUUAAUCGUCCGCUCCAGAUCAUUCUAUAGGUCGCUAAAGGGAAGGUUUUCCGGAGGAAAACAAUCAAAUUUAUGGGUUCAAACACAUCCAAAUAGUAGAUUACCUUUAUACCCUGUUUGAUGGAAUAUGUUGCGGUGUAUUGUACCGGUGUUUGUACGUGUGGCGGCGUGGCGUCGUACUGCACGGUUUUUCUUUUUCUGGUGCGAUAUUUAAAACCAGCAAAAACUGCCAAACGCUUUUCCUUCUUUUCUUCACCUAAUGCUUUCCAGACACAUCCAGCAGGCCCCAGCAGGCCUUGCUUCCAAGAGAAGCUUUUUCGGGUUCUUCAAGGCCAAGCCGGACGCUAACGAUAAGGGCGAUCUCACGGUGCCGGUACCGACAGAGGAGAACCGGUUCUACCCGUGGGACCUGUCGCCAUGUGCGGACCUUCGUACGCGCGCGGCGUCCAUCCGUGCGCGUGCCAAGUGCCCGGUGACGUCCAAGCCGAUCAACUACGCGUGUCCGUACUCGGGAAUCCCGACGCACCACUCGCGCGAGGCCUGGGAGAAGGAUACCGCCUACCACGCGACCAAGAAGUACGAAACUUUGCGCAAGGUGAACGUUUUUGAGCACGACAUCAGAAGCGGGAGAGAGUUCCCAGAGUUUGACUUUCCGAACGAGCAGGAUCCUGACCGCAGGGUCAACUUCAUCAACUGGGACAUGUUCUUCUACACGCGUGGCUUCUUUUCCAUGGACACGGAGUUUCAGCGGGCAACUAGCACCAAGAUGUUGAGUUACCCGUUAACCAUUGGGUCGGUGUUGAACCAGUACACGCCAUACGCAUUGGAACCGAAGGGACCGGUAACCUUGGAGGGCCUCAAGUCUCUCGCGGCGUUGCGCUACACGCUCUACCCCGCGAAGCGCCAGUCGACCUGGAAGGAGAGACCGAUGCGUAUCUUCAUCUUAGGUGCGCGCGCAGAGUCGCAGUUACCCGGUCCUGUGUGGAAACAGCUCACGAUGUUACACCCCGGGGUUGAGUUCGAGAUUCACUUCAUCGGGCCAGAGGCGUACUUUGACCGCGCAAAGAACCAAUACCUCUACCUCAACAACAGCAAGACGGUGGAGAGAGUUGACAGCACAUUGUCCUUGCAGUUCCACACGGAGUUCUUCCAUGUGUUGCACGAGGCGACAGACUUCUUCCCAUACGACCCAUACCUUGAUGUGUUCUUCUGCUUCCACCCGGGCUUCGGCUCGCCAGAGUGCAAGGAGAUGUGGGCCAAGUCGAUCCCAGCGUUGUUGGAGUCGAAGUGCGCUGUUUUUGUGUCAUCAUACAAUGAUGAGGACCUCGCGACCGACUACCAGCACUUGACCAGCACAUACGAGAAAGACAUGGACAUUUUGUUCAAGCCAACCGAGAACCUCUACGGUGCCACCAAGUGGGAAUUGAACGACAUGAACCCCCACGAGACCUUCCAGUUUAAUCAGCAGAUCUUCGGCUUCAGGGGUAAGAGAUACCACACCGUACACAAGGGCGAUGCCUAGGAGGUUUGUUUAUAGUUUCUAGCACUUGUAUAUACAAUAAACUGUUAAAAUAACAAUUUCUAUAAA